AUGGCGCUGGACUCGCGCUUUUAUAACCACCUCGGUCAAAGCUCAGGGCCUGGAUCGAUCUCCUCAGCUACGUCCGGAUCCUCGAUCGCGACGGGAAUCACGUCGCCUAGCAUUAUGUCGUCUUCCGCCUCCGCCGCAACCCUUCGAUCGACCGCCUCCAGCCCCUCACUCCGCGCCCGCGAGGCAUUAAUACCGACGAACCGCCAAGAUGGCAUGUCUAGUCCAGUACCAGGAGGAAAUGUUCGAGUCGUGGUACGAGUCCGAAAGUUUCUACCCAGAGAGAUUCAACGCGGCGCAGAAUGUCUCAUUACAAUGGACCCUGAAACGCAAAUGACGCAUCUACAAGCACCGACGACAAGCGCGGCCGAUAAGGGUAGACCUAAAUCUCAGGCGCGAGGAAAGAUACUCGACGACAAGGCCUUCACGUUUGAUAAUUCAUUUUGGUCGCAUGACGAAGAAGAUGAACACUAUGCUCACCAGGAGGAUGUGUACAACAGCCUUGGUGAGGAGUUCUUGGACCACAACUUUGAGGGGUACCACACAUGCAUCUUUGCAUACGGCCAAACCGGAUCAGGAAAAAGUUAUACUAUGAUGGGGACACCUGAUCAACCGGGAUUGAUUCCGCGCACCUGUGAAGAUCUGUUUCAACGAAUAGAGUCUUCUCCUUCACCCGAUGUCAGCUACAACGUCCGAGUGUCUUAUUUCGAGGUUUAUAAUGAACAUGUGCGAGACCUUUUGGUGCCACGAACCGACCCACCGCACUAUCUUCGGAUUCGCGAAUCUCCAUCAGAAGGCCCGUAUGUCAAGGACUUGACGGAGCUCAGCGUACGAAACUAUACUGAGUUGAUGAAGUGCAUGCGCAAAGGUGAUAUGUCGCGUACAACGGCAAGUACCAAGAUGAAUGACACAUCAUCUCGAUCUCAUGCUGUUUUCACAAUCACACUCAAGCAGAUUCAUCACGAUAUUUCCACGGAUGAGACUACUGAACGUACUGCGCGCAUUCGAUUGGUGGACCUGGCUGGUUCCGAGCGCGCCAAAUCUACCGAAGCAACGGGUGCCAGACUGCGGGAAGGAUCCAAUAUCAACAAGUCGCUUACAACUCUUGGCCGAGUGAUUGCAGCGUUGGCAGACCCCAGUAAAGGCCGUGGAGGUCGGAAAGCAAAAGAGGUUGUGCCGUGGCGAGAUUCAAUACUUACAUGGCUAUUGAAGGAUAGUUUGGGCGGAAAUUCUAAGACCGCCAUGAUUGCGUGCAUCGCUCCUGCAGACUAUGAGGAGACGCUCUCUACAUUACGCUACGCAGACCAAGCGAAACGCAUUCGCACUCGGGCCAGAGUCAACCAAGAUCAGGUUUCUGCGGCGGAGCGUGACCAACAAAUUGCAGAGAUGGCUGAAACUAUUCGAACUUUGCAGCUGAGUGUGAGCCAGGUGACAAUGAACCAGCGUGCCUCUGAGCUCCAGGACGAGAAGCUUGACGAGUAUCAACAAAAGGUUGAGCAGAUGCAACGGCUGAUGGAGGAGACCAAGAUGGUCAGCGAAUGCAAGGUUCGCCGACUACAGACAGAGAAUGAGGCUUUGCGUAUGCAUCUCAAGUUGGCUUUGGAGUCCCUCAAAAACCCUAUUCCAUCAGUUCCGCGUCAGCCCAGUAUGUUAUCGAUGGCAGAACAUCAAGUACCUGGACAUGACGAGGAGCGAGAAGGCUCUCCGGUUUAUCUCACUGAUUCCGAGGCUGAACCCGAAGUCUGGGAAGAUGAAAGUGAGGAUGAAGACACCGUUACAUUGGACUCCCACGAAAAUGACGCCCAUCAAAUGCAGGAUCAUAUGGAGGACCUUCUUGGAGAUCUAAGCAUGUUCAAGCGCAAGCUGGCAUCCGACCAUGAACGUUGGCAACCAACUGAAAAGUUCAAGGCACACAAACGACGUCCAUUGUCUUCAAUAGUUGCCAAUAUCCGCUAA